AUGACAGGCGAAAAACUAGGUCAAUCGAAGAAGACACGCUUGGCCUCCUCACAGUCAUGGCAGAACCAUCCAAUAGGGUACCCACGCUUAUCGGAACGCAUGGGUCUGAAGCCCGAGACACUAAUCUUCCGCAAGUUUGCUGCACUCAACGCGCGCAUGCUAUUAUACAUGCAGGCGGAGCUCGCUAUACUCGAGAAGACGCUGCAAGAGGUGGAAGUAAGCGACCAUGGAGACAAGGAUGCCAACAAGCGGCAGUACGCAACAGACUAUGUCAAACUAUCGCAGAGUGACAGAGAUGGUGAUACUUAUCAGCUGGAGUUAGUAGAGAAGAUUUCUGCGAAACUGGGAAAGUAUAACAAGGCGCUGCUACAGCAGUACAAGCUCCACCAAAUUCCCGAGCCCGACCGAUUCGAUUUGAACGACGUGUAUCGCCUGUUACAUAGUGAUGCCAUGGGGGGUGGCGAGCUGUCAGGCGAGGACCGUGUGUUUUGGGGCUUACCUGACGAUUCAGAGAUGCACGCUCCUGAUCUGAUUGGUGUCUGCCCCCGCGAGCAAGCCGACCCGUUCUCUCGCUGGGUAUCAGAGAAUGCCAUCCAUCUCUUCAAAUGCGGUAUUGGGCGCCUAAAAAAAGCCGACAAACAUUUUGGGCGCAGAGUCUAUUACGACACCACUGUUUUGAGAGCGACGUCGUGGAUGACGUCCAUAUUGGCUUCUCUGUUGCCAAUCGCGUCGAUACUAAUUCUCUUGCAUUUGGAUUCGUUGAAGAUGAAGCUUUGGGUGAUCGGCGCGUUCAACGUACUGCUGAGUGUCUGCUUGAGAACGUUGACUGAAGCCAAACGCGCUGAAUUGUUCGCUGUGACUGCCGCGUAA